AUGGCAGCAGUAGAUAUAGAGAGAGGUGGUGGUGCUGGUGGGAAAUUCCCAUGGAAGAAACAAAUUUAUGUGUUCUUCUGUUGGAUUUUUGCAGCCUUUGGUGGGCUAAUGUUCGGUUACGACAUUGGGAUUUCAGGUGGAGUGACAGCCAUGGAUGACUUUCUCAUCAAAUUCUUUCCAUCUGUUUAUCACAGAAAACUUCAUGCCAGGGAAGACAAUUAUUGCAAAUACAACGAUCAGCUUCUUCAGCUUUUUACAUCUUCACUUUAUAUAGCUGCUAUCUUUUCCAGCUUUGCUGCAUAG